AUGGGAAACACCUCAGAAUUCCAGAAAGCCGUGAAGUUGGUGAUUGACACUGUUUCAUUUGAUAGAGACUCAACGGUCCAAGUUUUUGAGGCAACAAUCAGGGUUUUGGGCAGCCUGCUUUCUGCCCACAUAAUAAUUACAGAUACCAAACAGCCUUUUGGUGAUAUGACCAUUAAGGAUUAUGACAAUGAACUGUUGCAUAUGGCUCAUGACCUAGCAGUGAGACUACUUCCAGCCUUUGAGAACACCAAAACUGGAAUUCCAUAUCCUCGGGUCAAUCUGAAGAAGGGAGUACCUCCAGACAGCAAUAAUGAAACUUGUACUGCAGGAGCUGGUUCCUUGCUGGUGGAGUUUGGUAUCCUUAGCAGGCUGCUUGGCGAUUCCACGUUUGAGUGGGUGGCCAGGAGAGCUGUCAAAGCACUCUGGAGUCUCAGGAGCAAUAACACCGGACUGCUAGGAAAUGUUGUGAAUAUUCAAACUGGUCAUUGGGUUGGAAAGCAAAGUGGAUUGGGAGCAGGGUCGGAUUCAUUCUAUGAAUACCUUCUGAAGUCUUACAUCCUCUUUGGAGAAAAGGAAGACUUGGAGAUGUUCAAUGAUGCUUAUCGGAACAUUCAGAACCACUUAAGAAGAGGUCGAGAAGCUUGCAAUGAAGGUGAAGGUGACCCUCCUUUGUACGUUAAUGUAAACAUGUUCACAGGACAGCUGAUGAACACGUGGAUUGACUCUUUGCAAGCCUUUUUUCCUGGACUACAGGUAUUGAUAGGAGAUGUGGAAGAUGCUAUUUGUCUCCAUGCUUUUUAUUACGCCAUAUGGAAACGAUACGGCGCUCUCCCAGAAAGGUACAACUGGCAAUUGCAAGCACCGGAUGUUCCCUUUUAUCCACUGAGGCCGGAGUUAGUGGAAUCCACGUAUCUGCUUUAUCAGGCCACAAAGAACCCAUUUUACCUUCAUGUGGGAAUGGAUAUCCUGCAGAGUUUGGAAAAAUACACAAAAGCAAAGUGUGGCUAUGCCACAUUACACCACGUUGUAGAGAAGACAAUGGAAGAUCGAAUGGAGAGCUUUUUUCUCAGCGAAACGUGUAAAUAUUUGUACCUGCUGUUUGAUGAAGAGAAUCCAGUGCAUAAAUCUGGAAAUAAGUAUAUGUUUACUACUGAGGGGCAUAUUGUGUCUGUGGAUGAACGUUUUCGUAACUCACUGUGGCAAGACAUCCUUCCUGGAGAAGAGGACAGUGCAGAAAAAAUUAAACCUAACGAAUUAAAGGCAGUCAACUUCAGCUCUAACUGUAACCGAGUUCCCGAUGAGAGGAGAUACUUACUACCAUUGAAGAGUAACUACAUGAGACAGAUUGAUCGAAUGGUGGGCUUGAUCUGAAUGGUUCUUCAGAGCAACUUUUAUCAUAUGUCAGGAGGGGAGUGGGAUUUGGCUGUUAGGCGUUCCUGUCCUCUUCAGCUACACACCUGCAUUUGCUGAGUCACUUGGGUAUCCCCCGUGCUUGUUAGUUUUCAGUUACGGACGUAAAGGGAGAUCAAGUUCUCUUACGAGUUCAGUCUUCUGAGCUGUGGUAACUUCGCAUGCCACCUGAAUAGAGAUUCCUUGUUUGAAGACUUCCUAUGAAAAGUGUUGUUGCAAAUGAAGGCUGAAUAUACUU